AUGCCUUCUGUUGUCGCACACUCGGGAAUCAACGCCGGCGAUGUCAACGGCAACACCGUCAACUACAGCCUUGACAACCAGAACUCGAGCACUGAAGUGCCCGGCAUCUCGGACGCCGACCGCCAGCGUGGCUGGGUCCAGCUCAACUCUGGCAACGACAACGUGCUCGCCUACUACUUGACCGAUGAGGACACUGUCAUCCUCUUGCGUCGUGCCGACUCGGAGCACUACCUCGAGAGGCUCCCGGAUGACCGCGCCCUCGCCGAUGUUUCGCUUCCCGGCAGCCACGAGAGCGCAUCGCUCUAUGGAGGCUUCAUCUCCAUCUGCCAGACUGUCAACGUCGAGCAGCAGCUCAAGGACGGUAUCCGCUUCUUUGACAUUCGCCUCAAGUCGCAGGAGGGCGACCUCAAGUGCUACCACGGCAUCCAGAAUGAAAACUCGACUCUGAAGGAACAGGUUGGCUGGAUGAACGACUUCCUUCGCUCGCACCCGCGCGAGACCAUCGUCUGCAGCAUCAAGCAAGAGGACGACAACGCCGACGAUUUCCCCCAGCUCGUCUACGACACGUUCAAGGAGUCGGGUCUGUGGAGGUUUGACGAGACCCUCCCCACCCUUGGCGACGCUCGUGGCCGCGGUGUCCUCUUCACCCGUCACCACAAGAACCGCGACGACCAGUUCCCGGACGGCAUGGGCAUCCACCCGGACUCUUGGCCCGACAACCGGACCGAUGGUUUCGAGUGGAACUGCAACGGCAUCCCCUUCCGCAUCCACGACUGGUACGGCAUCGACGGCCCCAACCAGGUGGGCCCCAAGGCCGAUGCCGUGUGCAGCUUCCUCGAGCCCACGCUCAACCCGCGUGGUAACGGCAACGGCAGCGACCACCCGUACACGAUGAUCUUUACCUCGGCGUCAAAGUUCCCCGCCGCCACGCCGGCGGUCGUGGCCAAGGGCGACUCGGCCGGCGGCGUCGGCAGUGUCCUCAGCCAGGGCGCAGCCUUUUUCACAAACCUCACCAGCGGAGCCGGCAUGAGCGCCGCGACGACCGCGGGCGAGGGUGUCAACUCGCGCCUCAUUCGCUGGCUCCUCCAGCGCGCAAAGGACGGCAAGCGGCCCCGCGCUACCAUCAUGGCCGACUUUUACCAGGAAGGUGGGUCCGGCGAUGCCGGUGUCUCUGGCCUGCUCAUGGCCUUGAACUUUAUCAACAACGACUAG